UGAACGUACACCUAUUUCGCAACAAACCGAGCAGCAGCAAUGGCCGGAAAAGUAUCGUCAGCAAAAGGAAAAGGCGGGGCAACCAAGUCUCGCCAGAAAUAUCAAAACACAUUUGCAUACAAACCGCACAAAAAGGAUACCGUGGCACUUAAAAUUGCUGCCCUACCUGCUAAAGGAUUGUGCCAGCGGUGUUUGGAUAUUGUUGACUGGAGAAAACGCAUGAACAAGUACAAACCGUUGACGCAACCCAAGACAUGUGUCGGAUGUAAACAAAAGAAAGUAACAGACGCCUACCACGUCCUCUGCAAAUCAUGCGCCGAGGAAAAGAAUGUAUGCGCAAAAUGUCAAGAAAGCACAGAUGUCGUGACUCCCGAUAUAAGAACACCCGCAGAUAUCCUACGCGAAGAACAAGAUCAAGAACGUCUGCUUGCCUCCAUGUCUGAACGCCAACGACGAUCUUAUUUGAGACGAGUCGCACGCGGAGAUGAUGAGGGGGCGCAAAAAGUCGUUUUGGCCGCGGAAAAGAAUGAGGACGGAGGUUGGAGCGAUUUUGAUGACUUUGAUGAUGAGGAAGAGGAUGAAGAGGAUGAUGACGCUUGAAAAUAGGAAGGAUGCAGUCCUUCUCCUCCAUGUACAGUAUUUAUUUUAGUUCUUAUUGCAUUAUCACGACAUCAUGUUCGAUGAUCCUCUUCAACUUCAACCGGCCAUCAGUCUUCUGUAACGGCGUCGUAAAGUCUUCUCCUAAAAUUCUCGGCGAAUUCCUCAAUGGAUGCCCCACUGGACAAAUCUAUUGCCUCACGGGGCAAGCGACUGGUCGUAUACGCCGGAUACGGACUCUGGGUUGCGUUUGCUUGGGAUUCGAUGAUGCGGAAUAUAGGGGGCUGUGAUGUUGGAUCUGUUCGGCGGAUAGAAGUUUAAGUAUUGGAACGUCUUGCGUCAUGGAAAUGGACGACAUUGACUUACGCCGAAGGAUCUCUUGCCAUUGAAAGAGCAGUGAAUCUGUUGUGAGGCUGAAAGGAUUGAAGUCUAAUAGCCAUACUUUUCGAUUGCGCUGAUUGAUAUAGACAUCAAAUACAUCUAAUGGUUUUGCAUCAGUUAGGACGUGUGACUGUCAGGACCUACGGGAUCUGCCACUUACAGUCCGGAUCAGGAAACCGUCCUUUGAUUUUCUCUUCAAAGA